AAAAGGAAAAAGAAAGCCAAUUUUGCCUAUUGAAAUCGGCUAGCCAAAGCCAAGGUGCAUCGCAUCCAGUUAGCAAUGUCUGCCAAAACUUCUCCAUCGAAUUCGCGGGAUGGCAAUGUGGCAGCUGCUGCCAGCGUUGUGCCACCAACUGUGGCAGGCGGCGUCGUUCAAAUCAAGAAAGAGCUGCCCAGUGAUGAGAUAAAGGAAUUCGCGCAGCAUACGAUGAACGAGCUGCUUGGCUGGUAUGGCUUCGAUGGCGUCGACGUGGAUCGGCUGGACUUAACGGCCAAGACGUCGCGUCUGCUGCAAAGCGCUGCAGCAGCAGCAGUGGCCACGCAGCAGCAGCAGCAUCAGCAACAGCAGCAGCAGCAGCAGCAUCAGCAACAACAGCAAAGUAGCCAUCUACGCAGCAGUCGCAGAAGCGCACUGGCAGCAGCUUUUCUCAACAACAACAACAACAACAGCAAUAGCAACAACAACUGCAACAGCCGCAAGGCGAGCAACUUGAAUUGUCACAGCAACACGACAACUCCUUCGGACCACGACACCCGCAGCUCGCGUGAGGAUGACUCCAAGAGUCCACAUUCAAUUGGCAAGCCGUCGGCAGCAUCUCUGACGACAUCGCAUACUGAGGAGAAAAUAGACUUUAACAACUGUUGCUGGUGCCAUCGCCCGAUCGCUGAGAAUGCGCCGGAUUAUCUAACGAGCUCGGAUGGACCACGCUACUGCUCCGAGUCCUGCUUCACUCAGAGCCGUCGGGCAUCCUUCAAGAAGGCCAAGACGUGCGACUGGUGCAAGCAUGUGCGACACGCCGUGAGCUAUGUGGACUUCCAGGAUGGCGCAUCGCAGCUGCAGUUCUGCUCGGAGAAGUGUCUCAAUCAGUACAAGAUGCAGAUCUUCUGCAAUGAGACGCAGGCGCAUCUCGACAUGAAUCCUCAUCUGCGGGAUCAGGGCCUGGAGGCAGCAGCCUCUGGCGAUGGGGCGGGGCUCAUAACGCCCGAUCUGUGGCUCCGCAACUGCCGCAGUCGGUCGGCCUCGCCUGCGUCCACAAUUUCGGUGUCACCAGGGCCGGCGGCUGUUUGCAUUGCGAAUACCUCCAAGCGGAGCUCGCCCUGCCACUCGCCACCCACUCAUCCAAGCAAACCUUUGAUCUCAGUGGCGCCCGUGUCCAAGCUGUUGGCUCAGAAGACAACCGCCAUGACUGGCGCACCGCAACCGCCAGCCGCUCAGCUGCAGCGGCACCACGCUCUUCACUCCGCAUCCAAGCCGGGCCGACGCAAGCGUGCGCAUCGUAUAGUUGGCGCUGGCUCAGAGACAGUUGCCAGCUUGCUGCAGAAGCAACAGCAACAGCAACAACAGCAACAGCAACAACAACAACAACAACAACAACAGCAGCAACAUCACCAGCCGCCUACGCUCAGCGCUGAUUUCGCCGGCUCCAGUGUGCCGUUGCCUCCGCUGUCGCCCAUGCAGGAGCAACAGCCACCGCAGCCUCAGCAGCAACAUCAACAUCAGCAACAGCAGCAGCCACAGCAGCAACAGCAUCCACAGCCGCUGCCACCGGCCAUGCCCUGUCGGCCUGCCACUGGCAUACCAGCGGGCUACUUUGCCACACCACCAAAUGGCGUGCUGGGUCAUCCAUUUGGAGCACGGCCUGCAGCUCCGCCGCCGCAUCCCUUCCUCGCUCCACCGCCGGGCAUGUUGCCGCGUGGCUUUGGCUCACACUUCGGGCCGCCGCCGCAGCUGCACCCACAGCUGCAACCGGAGCUGCAUGGAGCGCUGGGCGCUCUGCUAGGUGCUGCUCCGCCAGUCACUGUGAUGGUGCCGUAUCCCAUUAUAAUACCGCUCCCCAUACCCAUACCCGUGCCAUUGCCCGUCGUGGACUUCUACAAGGCGCAUUUGACUCCGGAGCAGCGCAAGCGUUACGAUGAAGAGCGUGCGGCGGCAACUGCAGCAGAGGAGCAGCCACAGCCUCUGGACUGCAGCAAGGCCAAGCCGGAGCUGGAAAUAGAGGAGCAGCAGAUGGAACCGCAGCUGGAACUGGAGCUGGAUCAGCAAAAUGAGGAGCAGGAGGAAGAACAGAAAUCUAUACCAAAGACAACACCAGCUAGAACAACACCAUCACCUGCAACAUCGCCCGUCACAGACUCCUCGCCGGACACGUUGAGCGAGACGACGCACUGCAUCGUUCUGCAUAAUGUGGAGUCAGAGGCGCGUGGUAACAAUGCCAACAGCUCAGCUGAGGCUGAGACACAGAAGCUGCCCAAGUUGAAGAUAACACGACUGCAAACCAAACGCACACUCAUACAAACCAAAGAUACCAGGGACGACAGCCCCACGUCGCCCACAGUGGGUAGUAGCAGCAGCUGCGCUGCAGCAGCGGAAAGUACUAGGCCGUUGCGCAAGCGCAAGAGAAUAAUCGAUUGUGAUUUUCAGAAGAUUACGCUGCGCGAAGUUGAGGCAGUCGAUGCACACAACAACAAUAGCAAUAGCAAUAGUAACAGUAACAGCAACAAAUGA